AUGUCUGUCAAUGGAUGGAUUGUCAUUCAGCAGAGGAUUGAUGGCUCGCAGAGUUUCAACCAAACUUGGAACACGUACAAGAGUGGAUUUGGAACUUACAACGAUAAUUUCUGGUUGGGCUUGGAGAAGAUGCACCAAUUGACAACAUCGGCUGAUUACAGGUUGAGGUUUGAAGUUCUUAUCAAUGGAUCUUGGUUUUCCGAUGAAUAUGAUCAUUUCAAGGUUUGCACAGAAUUUCAGAAAUACUUUCUCAACGUUUCUGGAUACAGAGGAGAUAAAUAUGAUGUUCUGAACCAUCUGGAUCCAAAGUUCGUUCAAAAUGGAAUGAUGUUUUCUACACCGGAUCAAGACAACGAUCUUUCUUCAACAACCCACUGCGCUUUUGAUUAUUCAUCUGGAAAUUGGUACAACAGUUGUUACUGCCAGCGUCUGAAUGGAGUUUAUGGUUCAUCGUUUGAUUACGCUGGUUUUCCUGUCACUCGCUGUAGGAUGAUGGUGAAACGUAACUUGUAG